AUGUGUGCUAUUGCCUUGUGCGAUCAUAUUACCAAACGGAUAUUAUGCGAUAAUUUCGAAUUGGGACAAACUGUUGUUCUGGAUCUCACCAAAUCCUGUCUGAUCUAUGAUAACGCUGCUCAUCUCUUCGUUCCGUAUCUCAAGUCGUCGGUUUGCCCGUGCCCCGGUGCGGUUACGCCAGACACUAGUGGAGAUGGACACGCCUACAUUGACGCAGCGUUCAGCUUCGUGUCUCGACAAAGAACGACAACUGCCAAAGUGGUCGUCUUCUUAGAUCCAAGCAUUGACUGCAAAGAUUACGUUUUGAAAGCGUCCCACAUAACCUCACCGCUAGCAGUUCUCAGCCUUAGCACACCAAAACCAAAUCUCGAAAAGUGGAUACAAAAUAUCUCCUUGGUAGCCACUCCUAUUUAUUUUGUUGUCAUAGGAAAAAGUGAACAGAUCAGCUUGCUUCUAGACUCUUCUUCAAGCGUACCUCAGUCGGAUCUGUAUCACUGGACAAUUGUCGUGAGUGAUGACGUCACGAGCAAUUGGGAAUCAUACCACUGGCAGCAUUUGGUAGUAUUUCGACAUUCACAGAAGAAAUCGCCCAGUGUGUUGUCCGACUACCUGCAACAAAUACAGGAACUCACGAAAAUCCACACACUGAAUAACUCCGCUGCCACGUCACUAUGUGCACAGGACAAUAUCAACAGUUCGUACGGAACUCAGGAGCCAGACAUACAAAUAUAUGGAACUGUGUAUUCACCUCCAGAAAUAACCCUGAAUAUUUUCUGUUUGGAUCGAACGAAAAAUGGAAAUGUUACAGUUAAAAAGAUAGGAGAAUGGAAGAGAAGAUCUGGCCUCAAUAUGACGAUUUCACCCAAUAUGCACGACAAUUCAAACAGACUUAGAGUCGUCACAAAACAUGAGCCGCCAUUCGUAUUUCGUAACCAGACUGGAGACACGACUGUUUUCACUGGCUACGCCAUUGACACGUUCGACAUCGUUGCUAAGAGACUAGGGGUCGAGUACACGCUGUACGAAGUGGAAGAUAACCAAUACGGGGCCAAGAAGCCGGACGGAACAUGGUCGGGUAUCAUCGGGGAUUUAGUUUCCGGGUCUGCUGACGUUGCUGUAGCUGCUCUUCCUAUGACGACAGAGCGCGAGAACGUGAUAGACAUGACGACGCCGUUCUAUGAGUUCGGCGGGAUCCAGAUUGUCAUGAAGGGCAGCCAGACGGAGCCGUCGUUGAUGGCGUUCACGACGGUCUUCUCAGGGGCUGUGUGGGCGUGCUACGCCGCCUUGCUCGUCGUGUGCGGCGUCCUCAUCUUCGUCUGCGAGCGUUUUAGUCCGUACGCUCCGGCCAGGCUCACUGACUGGACUAAGUUCACCGUCUCGGAGGGGCUGUGGUUUGUUGCUGUAUCCUUCACACAGACGGGCCCCGAGUCCAUACCGCAGACAUUCUCCGCAAGGAUUCUCAUAGCGGGCUUCUGGUUCUUCUGCAGCAUCAUGAUGGCCACGUACACCGCCAACCUCGCGGCCUAUCUGACCACCUCCAGGAUGACCAUCCCCAUCGAGUCCCUGGACGAUCUGGCGUCACAGAGGACAGUGCAGUACUCUGUCGUGGCCGGGACGUCCAUCCACGCGUAUUUUGAACGCAUGGCCACCAUCGAGAUGAACUUCUACGAGCUCUGGAAGAACAUGACCAGCAACGCCAGACAGAAGGAUCUGACGUCAACUCUAGCGAACUUCGCCGUCUGGGAUUAUCCUCUUGGAGAAAAAUAUGUGGCCAUCUGGCAGACGAUAUCGAAGACGGGUCUGCUGAACAGUACUCAGGCGGGUAUAAACAGGGUGCUCAAGGGAAACUUUGCCUUCAUUCACGAAUACCCUCUGCUGCAGUAUGAACUGCUUAAACAUUGCGGGUUAGUGAGCGUUGGGAAGCAGUUCAGUUCCAAACCAUACGCCUUUGCUUUGCCACAUUCUUCGCCGUUUACAAAAAAGAUAUCACAGAUAAUACUAGAAUUACAAGGGGAGACCAUUCUUGAAAACCUGAAAUCAAAAUGGUGGAACACGAGCUCGCUGCUCUGCCCAACAAUUGACGAGAGUAAGGGACUGACGUUCCACACUCUUGGAGGAAUCUUUAUCCUGGUCGCUGCUGGUGUGACGGUCGGACUUAUAUUCUUUGGACUCGAAUUGGCAUGGUCGAAAAUACGAAGGAAAAAGAUGAAAGAACAUUUCAAAGUAGACGGUCCACCAAACAGCAGAACGAAUCUUGCCUUGGCGUUUCAGUCGGACAACAUUAGCGAGUGUGGUGAAGGGACUUCGUAUCAACAGACGCCCGUGUGAUCUUUCACAAGCGUUGUAAAGAAAAUAUUAUUUGCGUUUCUUACACACCCGUUGGUGAGAACAUCAUGCGUUAUUUUUGAUUAAACAUGAGUUCAAGACAACACAAUUUCAAGACAUACGACAUGCUGCUCCUAGGUGAUGACCAGGUCAUCAGUGCCAUACAUCCAAUGAAAAACAACACGUGGAAAUAGAUUACACUGUGA